AUGGCCUUAGCAUCUCGCUCUCGUCAAAGCCAGGUUCUUGCUUCCGACGCCUGGGAACUUUUCACAGGCGCGCUCAACCUUGACGGGAAGCAUCUUCAGCGAGGAAUCCCGGCAGCAUUACUAAGUUCGGGCUGUAGCCUAGCUGAGUUUACUGUGGCCAAUGGCGGCAAUAUUAUGAGGGCUCGACGUGAGAGCUGUCAUGACGUGAACGAGCUACUCCUACCAAGUGGGCAUAACAAAUUUGAGUGGGACGUUAAAUCUCGCCUGUCUAGCGCACACUCACCCUCCGAGCUGCUCAACUGUUUUAUGAGGUCGUCGGUGUCCUCGUGUGAUUCUUUCGAAUGUCAGGCGAACAUAGAGAUGACCUACUUCCGAUUACCGUCUCAGAUGUGCUACACGAUCGAUAUGUACCGGAAACUAAAUAACAAUGUUAACCAUCCAAUGAGCUCGUGUCAGACACCUUGGAAUUACGAUUUAACUGUCUCUGGUCAGUGGAACCCGAACACGACAUGGAGUCUACGCCAGGGAGACACGCUGCCAUUAAUUAUCCAUGAACCACUAAUGGUGCCCCCGGAGAGGCUUUCGUCAAUCAUGAUUGAACCUGGUAUGGAUUACACGAUCAGCGUGACACAAAACAAAAUUCGUCGCUUACCAAAGCCGUAUUCUUCCAAGUGCGUCGAUUACCAGAAAAUAGGCUUUAAAGACACCUUCUAUGGAUUUCUCAACCUGGAUCUCUGUAUCCAAGAGUGUCGCAUGGAAAUCGAAUUGAGGCUAUGCGGGUGCGUUCGAACCGUCAAUGAAUUCGCGCAUCGUUUUCAGGGAGGAGUGCAUUUUUGCGACAUGGCUCGAGACGAGAUGUGUUCGCGGACAACUGCAAGUGUUCCGGGAGUCUAUGCCAAAUGUGACAAAAAAUGCGAGGCGCCGUGCGAGGAGAUCAUCUACGACGUACGUUUAACAUCGUUUGCAGAAGACAAGUCCGAAAAUAGCCGUAAAUCCUUCCGUUACACCGUGAAAUUCGCUUCAUAUUCACAAAAGAUACUUGAGUACCAACCGACCUUGUCAAUCGUCGAGAUGUUCGGGUGCAUGGGCGGGUACAUCGGAAUAUGGCUUGGAUUCUCCCUGCUUUCAGUGCUUCUUGGACUAAAUGAGCUUCUAUGGAAGUUGCACAAACAACGGCACCUUACGACGAAAAUUGUCCAACUUACAUCGGCAAUAGCAACAGUUGCGUCUACAACAGAAACAGAAGAUCGGAAGACCACUUCGCGGCCUGCCAUAGAUAAACAAACACAACACGUCAAGCUUUUUCAGCUGAAGAGCGCAAGUGGCCCCCAGCUCGUUUAUCGCUGAAAAACAUUUUAAAAAAAUGAAGCAAUUUAUUCAGUAGAGUGUAAAAUGUGUAGUCUAGGCGAAAAAAAAACCAGCGUAAA